CUGCGGGUCGGACGACCUGGUGGCCGAGCUGCGCCACACCGCCGCAGCCGGUUGCAACCGGCGCAGGGCUGCCCCUGCCCGCCCCUGCCUCCGCCGCCUGCAGUGUCGUUUCCCCGGCCUUCUGGCGAGUCCUGUCCCUGGCCUGUGUCCUCCGUCCUCAGACGCCCUCGCCGCCUGGAGCCAUUACCGCGUCUGCAAGGAAGCCGCUUGCGGGCUGGCCUUGCCGCCGCCGCCGCCGCCGAGACCUCAGAACUGUCUAUUCCUUCGGGGACGACACAGCCUUCGUCUGCAAAGCAGCCGCUCUUCCGCCUGAAGGCCGACCUCCGACCGCGAACGCCGCUGGAUCGUCUCCCGGGAGGUGCAGCGGGUGCCCCGCGUCCCGGCUGCAGGGAGAAGGCGGCCACGCCCCGCGGCCACACCCCGGGUCCCCUCCAGCCCCGCGGUUCCAGCCUUGGCCACCCGCCCUCGCUCCUCGCCUUCUUCGCCGCGACGCGACCCCCUGCCUGCGCGUGGAGACCCCGGCUGCGGACCCCGACCGGAGACGCAAGGUGGCGGCGGACGCGUGACCGACUGCCUCAGCCUCCCCGAGGCUUCGCUCCGAGAACGAGCCGACGGACUGACUUGGGGGGCGGGCAGCGAAGGGACAAGAGCAGGAGUCUGGUGUCAUUUGUUAAUUGUGAUCGCGUGAAGCUUGCCUCCCUCGGGCAUAUUGGGGCGAGUGUUGGCAGCUGUUCUGAGUCCUAGAGCACAGGCAGACACAGCCUAAUCCGUAUUUAUAGAAUUGGGGCCCGUGAGAGUUGGGAAAAUGGCGAUGACACUGUUGGAGGACUGGUGCAGGGGGAUGGAUGUGAACUCCCAGAGAGCCCUGCUGGUCUGGGGGAUCCCAGUGAACUGUGAUGAGGCUGAAAUCGAAGAGACCCUCCAGGCUGCGAUGCCCCAGGUGCCCUAUCGAGUGCUUGGGAGAAUGUUUUGGAGGGAAGAGAAUGCGAAAGCAGCCUUGUUAGAGCUCACUGGCGCUGUCGAUUACGCCGCGAUCCCCAGGGAGAUGCCGGGGAAAGGAGGGGUCUGGAAAGUGGUCUUUAAACCCCCGACUUCCGAUGCUGAGUUUUUAGAAAGGUUGCACCUCUUCCUAGCGAGAGAGGGGUGGACCGUGCAAGAUGUUGCCCGCGUCCUUGGCUUUCAGAACCCCGCUCCGGCCCCAGGCCCAGAUAUGCCAGCAGAGAUGCUAAACUAUAUUUUGGAUAACGUUAUUCAGCCUCUUGUUGAGUCCAUAUGGUACAAGAAGCUGACGCUGUUCUCGGGGAGGGACAUCCCGGGGCCUGGGGAGGAGACCUUUGAUCCCUGGCUGGAACACACUCAUGAGGUCUUAGAGGAGUGGCAGGUGUCUGAUUUAGAAAAGAGGCGGCGACUGAUGGAGAGUCUUAGAGGCCCUGCCGCUGAUGUCAUCCGCAUCCUCAAGACCAACAACCCUUCCAUAACCACUGCCGAAUGCCUGAAGGCGCUCGAGCAGGUGUUUGGCAGCGUGGAGAGCUCUAGGGACGCGCAGGUCAGAUUUCUGAACACUUACCAGAACCCGGGAGAGAAGUUGUCUGCCUAUGUCAUUCGUCUGGAGCCUCUUCUGCAGAAGGUGGUGGAGAAGGGGGCCAUAGAUAAAGAUAACGUGAACCAGGCCCGCCUGGAGCAGGUCAUUGCAGGCGCCAACCACAGCGGGGCCAUCCGAAGGCAGCUGUGGCUGACGGGGGCUGGGGAAGGGCCUGCCCCCAACCUCUUCCAGCUGCUGGUGCAGAUCCGGGAGGAGGAGGCCAAGGAGGAGGAGGAGGAGGCUGAGGUCGCCCUCCUGCAGUUAGGCCUGGAGGGGCACUUCUGAGGCCCAGGAGUGGGGCUGUAGUGCAGAUGUAGAUCACAGCCGAUUUCCUUGUCUCUGUGCUGUCUUACAGGUGUGUCUCUUAGUUGUAAAGACUUCGCCAUGUUCUCUUGUUUUGGGGGGGGGCGGGGGGAGUCAGGCCUGGGUAUUCGUGUAACAUUAGUACCGCCUCGCCAGUGAGCACCCCUCGCUGCUCCAACGGAGUGGUACUGGCUGCAGUGCGAGUACAGACCUGUCCGCAGGUGCUCAGUGCAAGCUGUCCUUGUGGCAAACUUCAGUUGUAAAAAAACAUGUGAAUUCGUGACACUUCCCAUUGAGGCAAUUAAAUGUGAAAUUGCAUGUUCAGAUGUUCAGCGCAGGGCCUGGCAAACACGAGAAGUGUUCAGUAAAUACAGGAGCUGUUGUUAACUAAUACCGUGAGUAGUUUUUUGUGUUUACAGUAAAUUGCUCCUCAUUUACAUUAAUGGAAAGAAAUGUGACUUAAUUAGAUGCUAUUUAGUUAUUCAAACAAAGCGAAUUUCUUUUCAUCUUGAAACAUCUGGAUCAGUUUAAUUGAAGAGUAUUCUGAGACUAUGGAAUGGGGUGUUAGAAAAAUAUUGCAGUUCUAGAAUUAUGUAAAUCAGUUUUUCUCUGUACAAGAUACAGAUAUAAAUUGCAUGGGGAGGCUAAUAAGAACCGGUUACAGUAUCUGUUCCCCCAUUUCAAAUAUUUGUCAUUGAAUAGUAGUUCUUGUUCAUGCUAAGUGUUCUAAAUUCGAAGUUAUCAAAAUACAUGUAAAUGAAUAAAAGAAUUUAAAAAAUU